AUGGCAGAGUAUGAAGCAUGCAUCAUAGGUAUAAAGAUAGUUGUCGAUAAGGAUAUUCAAGAGUUGCUAGUAAUCGGAGAUUCGGAUUUACUAAUUCAUCAGGUUCAAGGGGAAUGGGCCAUGAAUAAUUCGAAGACCGUACGUGAGAAGAAAGCAAUACGUCGAAUGGCUAACAAUUUCUUUCCAAGUGGAGAAAAACUUUAUAGGAGAACGCCAGAUUUGGGACUUCUCAGAUAUGUCGAUGCCAUUGAAGCUACGAAGCUUCUCGAACAGAUUCAUGCGGGAGUUUGUGGAACUCACAUGAAUGGACUUAUAUUGGCAAAGAAAAUCCUUCGAGUCAGCUAUUUUUGGAUGACUAUGGAGCAUGAUUAUUCUUGGGGCAUGGAUGUCAUAGGUCCAAUAGAGCCAGCCGCCUCUAAUGGACAUAGGUUCAUUUUAGUCGCUAUUGAUUAUUUCACCAAGUGGGUGGAAGCAGCCUCAAAUUCAACUGCGUAUCGUCCUCAAAUGAAUGGAGCCGUAGAAGCUGCCAACAAGAACAUCAAAAAGAUCAUGAGGAAAAUGAUUGAUAACCACAGAGGGUGGCAUGAGAUGUUGCCAUAUGCUUUGUUAGGUUACCGAACGACUAUCAGAACAUCAAUUGGGGCAACCCCAUACUUGCUAGUUUAUGGGACGGAAGCCAUAAUUCCUGCCGAAGUGGAAAUACCUUCGUUGAGAAUCAUGCAAGAAGCUGAGUUGAGUAAUGCUGAUUGGGUUCGCAAUCGAAUUGAACAUUUGGCUUUGAUUGAUGAAAAGAGAAUGGCUAUCGUUUACCAUGGUCAACUGUACCAACAAAGAAUGUUUCAUGCUUUUAACAAACGAGUGAGACCAAGAACGUUUGAAGUUGGCCAAUUGGUUCUUAAAUGCAUUUUUCCAUAUCAAAAUGAAUAUAAGGGAAAGUUCGCGCCAAAUUGGCAAGGACCAUACAUGGUGCGCAAAGUGUUGUCUGGAGGUGCCUUAAUAUUAUCCGAGAUGGAUGGACAAGAAUGGUCGAAACCAAUCAACUCAGAUGCCGUCAAAAGAUACUAUGUUUGA